CAUGUAUGUGCGACAGAGCUACAUUGACUUAGUUGAUGAGGAAGAUUUAUGAAACCGGAGACAGCAGAACUGUGGGUCAGAGAAUAUGGCAACAACAGAAGCAGCAACAUUCACUUCAAAAGUAAGGAAUCUUAGAGACUACCAUUACCGAGUAUCAAACAAUCUUAAUCCUCAGCCCACUGGUGUUGACAUUGCCAGCACCCUCAAAUUCCUGUCCGGAAGGCUUCUCAAUAUCUUGAAGGAUGUUCCGAACAUCCCAGCUGAGAGUUACGGUCCAAGGCAGAGGGAUAGUGUUCGUCUGUCUGUGUUCCCCAACAUGAACUAUGCUGGCCUGUAUAAGGCUGCACUGAGCAUGAUAGACUUGGUGCCAACCAUUCAGUCUGGAAACCUUGAGUUGGGCGAGUCCGUUUUGAAUGUGCUGGGCUGUCUGGUGCCGUUCUUAGAAAACGACCUGCUGGAUUCUCUCCCUUACACAGUGGCGUCAACUCUCGCAAUAUUUCCGCCCACUCUUCACAAGGAUACCAUCGAUCUGCUCUGUAGUAACCUCCUGCCCAUGACUCUAGGGUUUGACGGUUGCUCUGUGCCCACAUACGCCAGUGAAUCUGCAGCUGCGAUUAUAACAAUGGUGUUUCAACACACAGAUAAUGGGUCAUAUCAUUCUGAGAUCCUUGAGUGUUUCAUGAGCCUGAAGAAAGAUAUUAUCAAGGACAUUCUGAGCAUUGUAGCAUACGGCCCGCCAAGUGCCCGAGCCCCAGCGGCUAACCUUCUCUUCUACUACUGGCCCCAGCUCAACCCUUCGCUCUCGGAUAGGAGGGGCAUGCAUUAUAAAUACUCAGCGUGGCCUCCAGUUCUUUGUCAGCGGGAAGGGUGUGUGAACACAGGAAAAUGUCAAGCUGUGGAGAUGUGUUUAAACCCGUCAAUCCAAUCCCGAGAGAAGCCCCCGCCUCUGUACUUGUGUAGCGACUGUGCCGAGAUUCUGAAGAAGGACCACAGUGAUUACAUGAUGGAAAUUCUCCUUCCCAUGUCACAUGUGGCUACCAAGUGUGAAAACAAGAACUGUAAGACCAUACGAUACAACAUGGCAGUAUCCACAUGUUUCUCCAUCGAGUGUGCGAGCCAAAAUGGGAACCGGCCAAUCAGAUACUGCGCUACGUGUAACGAUGAGUGUCACGGCACGGGGGAGGGGCAGGACCAUGUGUAUCAUCACAGUAUUGGCCCGAUCUGGUCGUGCACACCUGAGAUGCAGAGAUACCUGAUGGAUGCUAUUAUAGCUUUACUGAAGGAGGCCCAGCCCCUCGAGUCAAAGCGGAUGGUCGAGAUGGGGGAGGAACAUCGACAUCGCCAUGGUGAUGACGACGAUCUCUUUGAAGUAGAGGAGGCUGGGGAACGAAAAAUGUUGUCUCGCUACGGAAUAUGGCUGCUGGUGGAACUGUGUACACCCAGGGAGGAUAUUCCUAUAGAGAUGCUAGGAAGAUUACUGGGAAUGCUGUUCCAGUGGUUUGAUGCAACAGCAUAUCUGCCUGAUGACAAUGUGGGAAAUGCUUUAGAGAGGCUGAAACCAGAGUACAUCUGUAAGUGGCUGAGGGAAGUGAACAAGACCCAUUUUGAGGUGAUUGUAUCCUGUCUCCUGCCACACCCAGUGGAAUAUGCCCGAGUCGGGGGGUUCUGGGAUACGUUGGCCACGCGUACCACCCAGAUCAAGGAAGGCUUGAACUGUUUCUUCUGUCUCGUGCCCUACGAUAUCAUCACAUACCAGAUCUGGGACUAUGUGAUCCCGUAUUGGAUGGAGGCUAUCCGGACAGAGGUCCCGACUGAAGAUCUACAUCUACUCAAGGUCCUUCUUAGUAAAGCAUUUGACAUAGACAUGUGUUCCUUGCCAUUCAUGCUUGACAAGAUGUAUCACUUUGUGGAGGUAAGGUUUGCUGACCCCAGCGCCUAUGUACAGGAACAGGCGCUUCAGUGGCUACAGAUCCUGUCAGGUUUGGAGAUCAUCAUUCCCUUACAUACUCUAUUCAGCAUGCUGAAACUUGGCAUAAAGGCUCUACAGAUGAUAGAGCCCGGGGAAGACGAGCCCAUAUGCCGGGAGCCCAAAAGUGACCUAUCUAGAGCCUCACCCACGGGUGACGUUCCCCCUCCUCUGAGCCCGAACAAGGAAGAGCCCCAGGUGGUGGAAAGCUUUGAGAUUUACGAGAGGGAGACAGAAAUCAUUCUGCCAUGUUACAUCAUGAUGUUGGACCUUGUUCUUAAGCAGUUGGAGCUUCAGGACAGCCCACGUCACCUGGGGAUUUACAAUGACACAAGCAAGGAGCUGAUGUCGCUGUUGACGUCCAUGUUGUCGUGCCCGUGGGACGGCACUCACUCAUGUGAGACCGACCAGGAGACAGUCAACUGUCCGUUCUGUCAGAAUAUUGCUCUGUGGCAUAACCUUGCAAGCCAGGUGAUGCAGCAGUUUAGCCCAAGGGACCCGUGUAAAAUCCCCAACAAGGAGAUCCCCAAAGUGGAAGAUCUGGCUAGCUCUGCUGCCACGAGCAAGGAAUCUUCCAGUGGAGAGUCCACUCAUGGUGGUGCAGCCAUGGAGCUCCCUGAUAUCUCAUAUGACACCUCCCAGAUGACCAUCCAUCUACAACUCUUCAAUGUUCUACUACAGGAGCUGGGAAGCCUGAAAGACACUGAUGCCCUACACUCCCUACUUAACUCGAUGAAGUACCUGAUCCUACACGGAGAAUGUCUCAACUAUUCUGUCAACCAGUACCCAGACUUCCUCAAGUUUUGUCUGGCAAGGAAACUCAUUCCAAACCUAUGGAUACAACUACAGGCUAAAAGUUCACAUGUGGCACUGGAGUGUGUGCCCCUCUUGCUGCAUUGUCUCACCUUACCAACGGGGGCAGAUAUGCUGUGGAAAAUAGUGGAGGAAAACUUCAGCAGUGAUGAUUGGAAGGAAAGGUUUGCUGCAGUGGAGAAGGCGACAGUUCUGGCAAGAUUCAUGGAGCCCGAGCAAGUUAUGCAUAACAAGACGAUUAAGACUGGAUUUGCGCACAUCUUCUGUCUGCUGAUUGGUUCCCUGGAGGACAUUAACGCAGCGGUCAGUCAACGCACCAUACAGUACCUUGAGACAGUCAAGGCAACGUCUAUUAAGUGCAUUUGCCAAUGUCUGGAGUUCCAAUUUGACGCGGUGAUCAGCGACCGAGCCAUGAUCCUCCAUUGCACGCACCUUCUCUCCAACAUCCUGCCUGACCACUCAAUUCUUUCCUGGGAAUUUUUCCUUGCCCGCUUUGAUAGUCUUUCCCUGGAAGCCCAGAUCGACCUUGAGGCAACGGGUGACCUUGCUUAUCCAACAGAGGAAUUGGCAAUAUCCAUUAAUUUCAUAGACCUAACAAGCAGCGACAGGGAGAGUGAACACUUCUUGAGAAAGUUGAACAGAGCGAGAUUCGCCCUUGCGCGGACAGACAGUAUCCGGUCAGUCUCAAAGAGUGUGUAUGGGAAGCCACCAUAUCGAAGGGCGGUGUCAGUACCUGUCCACUUGCUUACAAAGUCACCGAUUAAAGACAAGGACAAAGAAAAGCAAUGUUUGAGACAGCAGUCAGCCCCACAGUUCCGCCUGAACAGACAACAGACAUCCAAGUUUAACCUUGGCAACCUCUCCAACUCUGUAUUUCAAGGAGGCUACUUGAAGGAGUUUACAGAUGAGGAGAGCAACUUUGCUGCCCUGUUACAGAGGGCAAUGGAUCUGGAGGGAGUGGACAGGGAGACGGUACACCAGCUGGUGGCUCUGCUUAUGAAGUUCAUGGUGAAGUGUAACCAAGAAAACUUGUUGGAAGAUGUACAGAAAACAGAGAGUAUCGUUUUGCGUCACCUAAAUGUACUUCUGGGGUAUAACCAGUCAGAAAAGUCCUUCAGUGUCCCACCAUACAAACUGAGAACUUCAGCAGUUUUCAAUUCAUUUUUGAGUGGGGCGUGCUUUGUGUUGGAUCGAAACUUUGAGCUCGGGAACAAGAUACUGUCCAUCACCCUGUUACUGCUUCAUUAUGGACCUUCACCCCAGCGUUACGCCAGUGAUUACCAGCCCCCCAACUACACUCUAUGGUACCUGGAGCCACAUGCUAGGACCUCCUGGCUACAGACACUGUUGGUCAUAUUGUAUAAGUACCAGAUCAACACCUCCCCAAUAUCAGCAAUUGUGCAGACGCUGGUUCGUAUCGUGGUAAACACAAUAGAAGCCCAGCACCACCAUUGUAAGACACUGCCUGACGACGCCAUGCCACCCUCUACACCCAAUUUACCAAGACACAAGGAUUCAGCAAAAAUCAGUGUGAAUGACCUUGAGAACAUCCUUGAGACAGAAACCCCUCCCCAGAGUCCUCCCGCUGUCACCGAGGACGUGUUUAUCGAGAUGGUGCGAGACUCUGGUACAACCACUGUCAAGUACAGCAAGGCUCCCACUAGCUCUCAGGGGGAGGCAGGUGCUGGAGAUGGAAAAAGGAAUUCGAGCAGAGGGGAUGAUGGAAGAAACUCCCCAGCUACUCUGGAACAUGUAUCAGAGACACCUGUAAGGAGGUAUCGACAGAAGCGCUCCCCCAGAAAACUUGUUCACUACCUGGACAAUGAGACCACAGACUCCUCUGACCAGCAUAGCGAAAAACAGGCAAAAACAAAGUCAGAGCGGCCAAUAAGUGUGGAGAUGAAGAUGGUAGAACAGUUGGAGAAGUUUAAAAAGGGAGAGGACAAGGUGACGUCCCCUGUCAGGGAAAAGGCUCCACCAAUCAGGAGAGUUAGUGCCCCAAGACUUGAUUUGACCACCCCCGUGUCCACUUAUAGCAAGGAGUUGACCACGUCUGACAUCUCGAAGACUGGUCAGCAUUCUAUGUCCAGUCGGUCAACCGUGACAACAGCUGACACAACCAGCAUGUCUCUCAACCAAUCAGAGGGCACCAGCAAGUCUCCCAGCCAAUCAGAGGCGACCAACAAGUCUAUCAUCCAAUCAGAGACAAGUAGAGAUCCACUGUCAGAGGAUGUUGAGAGUGCAGAAGAAAGCGAGAAAACACAGACGACUUCAGAUGCUGAAUCUGUGGGUGACCCAACAAAAGAUAAAGCCAAAGGUGGUAAGAAGACGAGCCCGAGGUCCAAGCCAGGCAUAAAACCCAACUUCCGUCAGCGCAAGUCCCGUAAAACUGGCUUGACCACCAUUGAGCUGCAGAAGAAGUUCCCUGAGUUGGCUGCCGAGGGAAUGGAUACUGAGAAAACUACAAAAUCUGGACGCAGAAUGAGAAAGACUGACCUACUGACCAAGCCGGUCAAGAAGCCGAUGCCCAAUCGCCACAGUGAGAACGCUAUGGUAGAGAGGUGUGGAGAUUGUAACGCCAUCCUCGAGCAGUAUGAUGAUGAGACUAUUGGAAUGUGUGUGGUUGUCCUUGCGACGUAUAUUCAUCGGGAACCCUCCCUUGCCACACCUAUGUUGCUGGAGAGUUUGAUAGCUGUUUCCAGGAUAGCGUCCAGCAGUCCAUACACAUGGCAGAUGGAGACGAACGUUAUUAUACCGGGAAACAGUCUCAGUAUUUCCCGACAGUUUAUACGCUGUUGCCUUCACCAGCUAGCACCAAAUGGCAUCUUUCCCAUGCUGUUUCAGAGCAGCUUUGAAGACAACCAGUUCCUGAAGUCUAUUGCUGCUGCCCUGACGGACUUUUCCGAGCUGCCCUGUCAUGCUGCCAUACAUCACCUACUGGAGGGUCUGAACAAUACACGCAACCUUACAGCAGAGAGCAUACAAGUCCUGCUAGACAACCUGGCCACAUACAUGAACUCAAUUGUUUUGGAAAGCAGCGCAGCCAUGUGGACGAAUAUACUCAACCAAUUUGAUGUGUUCUUCCGACGUCUCACGGAGAUUCUCCCCGUGCCGUGCGAUAUGACCUCGGUGUUGAAGAUUAUCACAUGCUUGCUAAAGGUCAAUGGUAUCAACAAUGCAAAGCACAUUUUGGAGCCCUUCUCUAAGCUUGUGAGUAUUGCCGUGACAACAUGCACCAUACAGCUGAACCAGGUCUUGGAUAUCUGUUCCCUUGGCAACCGAGUUUUCUCCAGAGAACGAGACAAGCUGUAUCUGACAAGGACGGUGAUAUUCCAGCUAGUCCAGGCCCUCAAGUUCAAGGCCAGCUUGCCUGAUGACAACUUGCUACUAAUGGUACAGUUUGUGGUGCUGGAUGCUGGAGGGACUAUCGGCAGUACGAACAUUGUCGGGGACCUGGGGAUGCUCUACCACACACACGCCCACUCCCUCAUGUCAACCUAUGCUGCCGAGUGUAUGAGGCAGUACCUCUCGGACUGUGUCGAGUUCAUCAGUGACCUACACACCAUCUCCAAACUCAAGACAAACAUGAAAGGAGGCUGCACAGCCCUAAAUGAGGACACCCUUGGAAGUCUCGUAAAGUCAGGAAUGGCACAGUUUGUUGCCUUGGAGAUAACCCGUGGAAAUGGGCGUGACAACCGAGCAAUCGCCCGAUACCUGCCCUGGCUCUAUCAUCCUCCGUCUACCACACAGCAAGGACCCAAGGAGUUCACAGACUGUAUUGGCCACAUCCGCCUGAUGUCCUGGCUGCUGAUCGGAACCCUGACCCACACGGCCAUGACUGAGGGGGCUGCAUGCAUAACAUGUAUGCCAUUCCCGCUAGACUCCAGCACGUUCAUUGCUGAACACGUUCUUGUCAUCUUGACUGGCUUUGCUGAACAGUCUAAUACUUCAGUGAACCACAUGAGUUCCUUGUUUCAUGCGUUCUUCCUCUGCCAGCUAUGGACAAUGUACUGUGAGAGCAUAGCUGCCAUGUACAACAGCACGUCUGAGAACUACGUAGCAGCCUCGUCAACCGUGAUGGAUUUCUGGGCACGCGUCACCCCCGGAAUUCUACAGCUUUUGUCCCACUCUAAAGUGCUUGCAGAACUGGUGAACCUUCACUUCCUCAGUCUGAUGGAAGCUCUUCAAGAGUGUAACUCCAGUGUUCUUGCCAAGCUGUUUCCUAUGUGGACUUCAAUUCUAUAUGCCUACCAUCAGCAGCUGCCAGGGCACCUUCAAGUGAGAUUGCAGACAGUCCAAAACUGGCAGCCCCCUGCGCCGUCAUCUGAACAGACGUGUAUCAACUCCAACAUCCUGCUGACGUGGUUGAAACGGAUUCAGUUCCGUCUUGGGCAGAUAGAGGUCCAGUGUAGCUGCGCAGCUACACAAUUCUAUAGUGUGUAGAUGAAUGAAGAAUGUGGACUCUGGGGUCAUAAUUUUGAACAAUGUCAAGUCUGAGUUCAGACUUAAAUUGCAGAACUGCAAAUUUUCAUUUCAGUGUAACUUUCCUUCUAGUACCUAUUGAUGAUGAUGAUGCUACUUCUGAAGCAAUUAUUGUUACUAUUGUUGUAUAUUUAUUUGAUAAAUAGUAGGUCUAGCAAUUUGUUUAGACUAAGAUGAUGACAUAGAUUUUUGUAUAAUAUAGUUAUAAAUGUGCAUUUCUGAAUCUCAAACCAAGACUAUAUUAGUAAGUAUGGACAAAGAAUAUGACAAUAAAUCAUUUGUUAGUGUUCUAACUUAUAUGAUGAAGGGCUCUAGCACAUACCGUAAAUGACUGAUAUAUAAGAUGCUAGUGUUUAUAAGGCGCAGGCAAAAAAAUCCUUGAAAACUAGAGAAAAAAACUUUUAAUCUAUGUUAUGAAAAUGGCGAUGGUUAUUGCAAACCAUGCAAUAUUAAAUGCAAAGCAAAAUAUGUUUCCUUAUGUUUCCUUGUUUACCAGUUUCUGCAGUGUGUAAAUGAAUAAGGGAGUUGGCUCUCCCAUCAGGCAUUCAAUAUACCAGAUGUAACGGAACUGAAAGUACUUCUGGGCUUAGUUUUAAACGAUACAUUUUUAAUAAAUACUUUUUUAACAAUAUUUGAUUAUUUUUUAUAGACAAUUUGUUGGAAAAAAGAAAGCCAGAUAUAGUGAACAAGCAGUUUGUUUAAUUUUAACCAAGUGAGUGAGAUUUACCGUGGAAGCAUAUCAGGUUUUUACUCUAGUGAGGUGCACAAUUAAUUAGAAAAGUCAGGGUCUGUAUUUACUAACCUCUUGACACUCAGUUUGAGACUCAGACUUAUCUGAGACUCAGACUUAACUGAGACCCAGACUUAACUGAGACCCAAUCUUAACUGAGGCCCAAACUUAACUGAGACCCAGGCUUAACUCAGACCCAGACUCAACUGAGACUUAGACUUAACUGAGGCCCAAACUUAACUGAGACCCAAUCUUAAAUGAGGCCCAUACUUAACUGAGACUCAAUCUUAACUGAGGCCCAAACUUAACUGAGACCCAAACUUAACUUAGACUCAGACUCAACUGAGACUCAAACUUAACUGAGACUCAGAUUCAACUGAUACCCAGACUUAACUGAGACCCAGACUUCACUGAGGCCCAAACUUCACUGAGAACCAGACUUAACUGAGACCCAGACUUAACUGAGACCAAGACUUAACUGAGGCCCAGACUUCACUGAGACCCAGACUUAAUUGAGGCCCAGACUUAACUGAGACUCAGACUUAACUGAGACCAAAUCUUAACUGAGACACAAACUUAACUGAGACUCAGACUUAAAAAUGCAAAUUCUUACAAGAUGAAAAAUAUUUUCUUUAAUGUUGUAGUGAAAGUAAUCUUUGAUAUCAAAUGAGUGAAUAGUAGUUACAGAUUGUAUUUUAGAAAUAUUUGUUGUGCAAGAGUGUGGUGGGGGUAAUUGAAAAAAACAACAUUUGUCUUGCUUGAUGACUUCCAACCAAAAUCACAUGUGCCUAGGCUUGGAAUCGAACCCAGAUAGAUUUGUUGGGAAGGGAGUGUGCCACCAAUCUUGGUGAGAAAGUAGUGUAUAAACCACUUUGCCAAACUGGACAACCAUUGAUUUGAUAUAAAUAAGAGACAAGUGUUAUAGUGUUACAGAUAUUGUUAAGUUUUUGCUUGAAUGUUAAUUUUAAGAAAAAUAAUGUGUUCAUGUGAUAGGAAAAGAUUAUUCUUGUGUUCAGUUGUUUUUACCAAAAUCUGCUGAAGGGUUAUGACAUGUUGAAAUUCACAAAUGUUUAAACUUAGUCAGAAGUGUUUCAAUAUAGUCACUGUUACAUUAUGUAGUAAGUAAACAUUUGUGUAUAACCAAAAUAUUGUGAAAUCACUAUUAGUCAGUAGGGUUGUGACGUUUUGUUGUUUUUGUUUUCUAAGAAAGUGUUAUAACUUAUAUCAAGUCAGAAUAAUUACGUGAUGCCUUCAUUUUUAGUGUCAAAAAUAUUUAUUUUAGAAUCUUCACAGAAAGAACAGUAUUUAAGGUGCAAUUUAUUUAGUGCAAUAUUCAUAGUGUAUUUUUAUACAUUAUGUAGGUUACUAUUGAUGUUCUUAAAACAAAACUAUCCUCAAUUGACUUUCCUUAAAUGGGUUUUUAGUUUGUACUUGUGAAUACCCGUAAGUCUAUAUGGUUUGUUUUGUUUCUAAAGAAUUAAACUUUUGGUAUACCAUAUUUGUAUACUGUGGUAUACUUAGACAUUAUGCUAUUGCUUGGAAGGUGUGUGGGGGAAUUUAGUUACUUGGUAUACUAAAUGCAAUUUCUUGUCAUUAUUGUCUCUGUGCCAAAUAAGAGUCUAUGUUUGCUUUUACAAUCCUUUGAUGUAAUCUUUUAUCUUAAUAAGCAUUUGUACAUUUAUUCAAUAGUUAAAAUUUUAUCUAGUGAUGUGUUCAUGAUCAACUUCAAAUCAAAGACAACCUGUUAAUUUGUUGUAUUGUUUUAAAUGUUGUUUUAAUAGAUGAAAGAAAAUAUGUUGA